CGUGACGUAGACAGGGUUGAAGCACUUCUACCGUGCUGCGUUCACGAGUGCCUCAUUGUAGGAACUCGGGUCGGCUCUGCUAUCAAUCCCGGUGUCACUCUCCUCAUUGUUGUGAGGGUUUUGUAUUCACAGGAGGUUACCGGUGUCCCGGUUGUGAUGGACCGCUGGAGGGGCAGAGUGGCUCUGGUGACUGGAGCCUCGGUCGGGAUCGGGGCGGCCAUAGCUAAGGAGCUCGUACGGUACGGUAUGACGGUGGUGGGCUGUGCCAGGGACGUCGAAAAAAUACAGAAACUGGCAGCUGAGUGUCAAAGUGCAGGCCACAGUGGUGUUUUGGUGCCUUUCAAGUGUGACUUGAGCAACGAGGAGGAGAUUCUGUCCAUGUUCUCUGCCAUCAAAGCGCAGCACAAAGGUGUGGAUGUGUGCAUCAACAACGCUGGCCUGGCUCAUCCAGAGUCACUGUUAAAUGGCAAAACCAGUGGCUGGAAGAACAUGCUGGAUGUGAACGUCCUUGCAUUGUGUAUAUGCACACGUGAAGCGUAUCAGUCAAUGAAAGAAAGGAAUGUUGACGAUGGGCACAUCAUUAACAUAAACAGCAUGUGCGGACAUCGUGUCGUUCAUAGUGCUGACAUACAUUUCUACAGCGCCACCAAGUACUCUGUGACGGCCCUGACGGAGGGCCUGAGACAGGAGCUGCGUGAGGCGAACACCCACAUCAGAGCCACAUGUAUUUCUCCUGGUGUAGUGGAGACAGAAUUUGCUCCGCGGCUCUACAGAGACAAUACUGAUAAAGCUGCUGCAAAAUACACUGGAUUUAAGCCUUUGGCAGCAAUAGAUGUUGCAAAUUCUGUUACAUACGUCCUAAGUGCCCCUCCACAUGUGCAGAUUGGAGAUGUUCAGAUGCGACCUGUGGAGCAGGUGUCGUAGUAUUGCACCAUGUGACGGCUGAUUUAGUGUACUGACACAUUCUUGUGUAAAAUUAAUUAGUUCAUCUGAUCAUGGAAUAACUUUGGUUUUGAAGUUUGUACUGUAAUUUUGCACAGAAUGACAGAAUUAAAUUGUCUGAUUUGAAGGUGAAA